AUGAAGUCCCUGUUGUUGGCCUCCUUGGUCUCUACGGCCCUGGCCAAUGGUCAAGGGAAGCCGCUCGUUUCUCCACAAUCAUUCCCCGAAGAUGUUCAGCUCGAAGAUCUCCUCGCUGGGUCACGAGUUUUGGAGGAUUUCGCCUAUUCCUACCCCGAAAAGAACCGUGUCUUUGGCGGUAAAGCCCAUCAGGACACUGUUGAGUACCUGUUCAAUGAGCUGAAAAAGACGGGCUACUACAAUGUUUACAAGCAGCCACAGGUGCACCUGUGGACGAAGGCUGAGCAGUCCCUCACAGUGGAUGGUGAGAAAAUCGAGGCUCAGACCAUGACCUAUAGUCCCAGUGUCGAUGUCUCUGGAAAACUGUCGGUCGUGUCCAACCUUGGUUGCGUAGCCUCCGACUACCCCAAGGACAUCUCCGGCAAAAUUGCUUUGGUACAGCGUGGAGAGUGCUCAUUCGCUGACAAGUCAGUGCUUGCAGCCGCGGCUGAUGCUGCUGCCACUAUCGUUUAUAACAAUGUGGAGGGUCCUGUUGCAGGUACUCUGGGAGGGGCCACCAGCGACAAGGGCCCCUAUUCGGCGAUUGUUGGCAUCACUAAGGCAGAUGGUCAGACACUGUUAGAAUUGAUCAAAGCCGGGUCAGGAGACGUCGAUCUGUGGGUGAACAGCCAGCUGGAGAACCGUACGACGUAUAAUGUCAUUGCGCAGACCAAGGGGGGCGAUCCCAACAACGUUAUCAGUCUUGGCGGCCACACCGACUCCGUCGAGGCAGGCCCGGGGAUCAACGAUGAUGGUUCCGGCAUCAUUAGCAACCUGGUCAUCGCUAAGGCCCUGACAAAGUAUUCGGUCAAGAAUGCUGUGCGCUUCGGCUUCUGGACAGCGGAGGAGUUCGGCCUUCUGGGUAGCGACUUCUACGUAAACAGUCUGAACGCGACCGAGCUGGCUAAGUUGAGACUGUAUCUUAACUUAGACAUGAUCGCCUCUCCAAACUACGGUCUAAUGAUCUAUGAUGGCGAUGGCUCAGCUUUCAACCAAUCCGGGCCACCAGGAUCCGCUCAGAUUGAGCACCUAUUCGAGAAGUAUUUUACCUCGCUGGAUUUGUCGUAUAUCCCGACUGAGUUUGACGGGCGCUCUGACUACGAGGCCUUCAUUUCGAGCGGCAUCCCGGCCGGUGGGCUCUUCACAGGCGCUGAGGGUAUCAAGACGGAGGAGCAGGCCAAGUUAUUUGGUGGCGAGGCCGGCGUGGCGUACGAUAAGAACUAUCACGCUAAGGGCGACAACUUCGCAAACCUCAACCACGAGGCCUUCCUGAUCAACUCCAAGGCCACAGCUUUCGCGGUGGCUACCUAUGCCAACAGUCUGGCGACCAUUCCUCCGCGAAACUCCACUGUCUCUAUCGUCCAGCGUUCGACUGAACGGAAGCGCAGGGCGGCCAUUCGCAAGAAAAGGCCCCAGAACCACUCGCAUACCCAUGGCACCGGAUGUUUCCAUGCCUUGGUGGAGGCUUAG